GGGAGGAAGAAGAGAAAGGGAGAGAGAAGAGAGAGAGAAGGGGGGAGAGAAAGACAGGUGCAACAAGAACUGGAGGAGUCUCCCUCCAUCAUCCUUCCUAUAUAUAUGAGGCUCCACAGGAAGGGCGAGGGUAGUCUUUACCAGGAACCCAGUCUAGAGUGUGUGUGAUCUUGCCUGGGGACUAGUGUGUGAUUCAGCCUUUGCGACAGAGCUGCCUCACAGAGACAGCAUGGUGGACGACUUGAGCCACCAAGUGAAGAAGGUCGCUCUGGCCAUGGGAGCGUCCCUCAGCGACCACGACCUGGAAAGCCUCCCCCGGGAGAUGAGACUGACGGGAAACUUCAAUUACAGCAAGUUUCUAGAGUACAUGAGGCAGUUCAAAACGUCAGAACAACAAGAGGAGUUGACCAAGAAAGCCUUUCAGAAGCUGGACAAAGACGGCAGCGGCUACAUCGAGUGGAACGAAAUCAAUAGUGGUGUUUUUUUUCUGGAUGUGUGCAGGUACAUGCUGUCGGUUGUGCCCAGUUCAGCUCCUGUACUGCCCCUGUCUGACGAAGUGGCGGAGGCCUUAAUUCAGACAGCCGACACGGACGGUGACGGACGCAUCAACUUCGAAGAGUUCUCAGACAUGGUCAAACAGGAGGAGAAACCCAAGAAGUGACAGACUACCCUCACAACCAUGACAUCUGCAAAUGUUUAUGGUUGUAGUGAAGUCUGACAAGACAUUACUCACCUCCCUCCCUCCCUCCCCUCCCCUCCCCUCCCAAGAUUCGAGAAAGCAAGCAAGGCUUUUCUUAUCUGGAUUGGUAACAUUGUUCUCUAGAGGCGAACAGUUUUGACAUGUGCCUGCUAUUUUCCUCUACAUUCUCACUUAGGUACUAGACUGAGUCACAACACUGCCCAAUCAUCUGCAAAACACAAUGUUGACAAUGGAAUGUGAAAAUCAUCAGGUUUCAGGACAGAAUGUUAGUCGAGCCACAUUACUCAGUGAUUUUACUUUGCAAAUUCACAGAUUUAUUAUAGCUGUCAUUUUACAAAUUGCACAAAGAGAUCAAUCCCAUAACUCCAUCAUUCAGUGUGAAUACACAUUGCUAUUAGACAUUUUGCAUUGACA